AUGCAGGGUCAAAUCUAUGGAGAGCCGCUUCAGAGUCGGCAGCUCGUGGCGCAAAUGCAGACCCAACUCGGGGAGCUCGCAAUGCUCCAGGAGCUGGAAGUGAGGCGUCUGCAGCAGGAGGUAGAGCUCCUCCAAGAUGAGUUGGAGAAUCUGCGGGGCAGGCAAUCGUUGGCUUCCAUUCAGACGACGAGCAGCGAGGCCAGCCUGGGUCCGCUCCGCGUGGCCGCAGCGCCACUCUCGCCGCCACCGAGCUUCCCAAUGGAGCGCCUUGAGGAAGAGUCGAGCCGUCCUCUGAGCCCGGCGCGGUCUGUACUGCCGGAGAUGCUGACAAGGAGAGCAAGCGUGAAGACCGCCCGCGUGGAGAAGUCCUGCAUGCUGAGGUUCAACAUGUUCGAGAUCCACGGCUUGCCAGGAUGCCUUGUCCGAGGGAUCAAUCUUGCGGAGGCGACUUGCUCCGUGAUCAUCCACUCCGACUUAGACGAAGGAGAGACGGAGGAGGCGGAUCUGAGGCUGGAGCAGGAGGCUGGGGCUUGCGAUCUUCCUGGGCAGAUAGACCAGGAAGUGACGAUGCAAGCCGAGUGGAGUGGAGAUGGCUCUGAUGUUUGCCUACGUGUGCCGGACGACCCACUGCCCGAAGUGAUCAAAGUUGAGGUUCGGAUCUCCGGUACCGAACAUCCGGCACCCUGCGCGACGCUGACUCUGAAUGCGGGGCGGCAGCAGUGGGUGCUGGACUGCGGCGGCUAUUUGGAUGCAGAGGCCCUCGUCCAGCGCGAGCACGUGGGCAAGGCCCUUUUCCGUGGCAGCACUGUGCGAGAUCGCUUGGUGGAGCGGCUGGAGCGUCAAUUUGCCAUGCGUAGCGCCGAGGGCAAGAUGGUACGUCCGAGGGACUUGUACAUGGCCGUGAAGCAGUCGCGAGAUCACAAGUCUACACAGCUCUCGGCCAUCUUGCGCAUGGAGGACAUGGAGGACGUUGUUUUGGAGCUGAAGCGAAUCCACCAGAAAGUCAUCGACAAAGUGCGGAAGCCGAUGAAGGUCACUUCUCAAUACCCGUCGAUCUCGUGGAGGCAGUUUAUGGACUGCAUCCUUCUCGAGGAUUUGACCAAGCACACGCAAGGGCAGACUGCCCUGAGCAUCUUCAUCGUCCAACGCGCCUUGCUGGGGGAUGAGAUGCCCUCCACCGGGACCUCGAGUGCUCUGCUGAUGGCCUAUGAGAAAGUGCGGCGCCCGAUUCCGAUAGUUCAGCGCAUCGUGAGCAUGGCGAUCUCGCUGUCCACAGCUGCCAUCAUCUUGAGCUUCAUCCUGCUAGGCAUAACUCUCGACAACAACCCCGAGUGGCUUGGCUGGAUCGCUUUGGAUGGCGUCUUCGCGGCCAUCUUCGUCACCGAGGUAGUCGUCAAAGCCACAUCUUUGGGACUGCGGGGCUAUUUCUGUGGGCGUGACUAUUGGUGGAACUGGUUCGAUGUGCUCCUCUCCGUGGCCGCCGUCUCCGAAGCGAUCCUUAACUUGGCAAUGGCGACGCAGGGGUCGCAGACCAAAGCCGCUUUGAUUCUUCGGGGCCUUCGCUUGGCCCGGAUGGCACGCCUCGCGAAGCUCAUGCGCAUGCCACUGCUGCAGGAGCUGACAAACAUCAUCUCUGGCUUCGUGAUCAGCGUCCGCUCCCUCUUCUGGGUGAUGAUGACGCUCUUCGUGGUCGUGUACGUCCUCGCCCUCGGUGCCCGUGUCACUGUGCAGGCCCUGUCUACUGGCGAAGGCGACCUUACCCGCUGUGGGCGUGGCGACACCUAUGUGCUUGGAGAGGAGCUCCCUGAGGGAUGCAAGCUUCAUUACCUCUACGGCGAGGAGUACUGCGCCUCAGUCCUUGACUGCAUGUUCUCCAUCUUCCGGUGCAUGAUCGGGGAGUGCACGUCUCGUGGUGGACGUUCUUUGACGAUGGUUUUCAGCGACGGCUUUGGCUUGAAAUUCGACUUCUUCUACGCCUUCGCCAUGGUGGUGGUUAUCUUCGGUCUGUUUAACAUCAUCACGGCCAUCUUCGUCCAGGCAACGAUGAAUGGUCUCAGAGAGAACGAGGCCCACCUUCGAAACGCAAAGGCCUACGAGUCAAACUACAUGACAGAGCAGCUCGCCAAACUGGUCCGCUGCGUUUCCCAGCGCGUGGCCAAGGUACGGAGUCGAGCCACGUCGCAGCCAGCUACAGUUGCCUUCGGUUUGGAGACUUCGCCGCGCUCACCUGCGGCCCAGAUGCCCGAUCUUUGCGAAGGUGAGAUCUACCUCAGUGAAGAGGAGUUCAAUCAGUUGAUCCGGAUUCCGGAUGUGCGGCAGUUGCUGAACGAGUUGGAUGUCAGCGUCGAGCCGAGGCCAGGUGUCUUUGAUGCUUUUCACGUGGAAGAG